AUGGCUGCGAUCUACGCCGUCUACACAUCCCCGUCGCACCCCCCCAUCCCAAACCACCUUCCCACCCUCAUCGUCACCCCCCACGGUCAACCGUCCAACAUCCUCUAUUCCUACCUACACACAAACUAUAAUACAGAGAACUAUCUCUUGACGCCGUCUCCCCAGGGCGAUCUUUGCGUUGCCAAGCUCUUCCCGCCCCGCGCCCGCGAGCCAGGCAAGGGCUCUGCCUCAGAUCCAGGCCACUCUUCCCCCUCCUCAUCCCGUGUCGUUCGUUGCGAAGCCUCCCGUAACCUCAAGUGGUCAAUCGCAAACACAGGUGUCAUAUCCCCCAUAUACAAGCUCUCGCUGCCGUCCCCAGACUCCCCGGAUCUUCCUCUCUUCCAAGUCUCCAAGCCCAACCCAAAUGCCGCAUUCUGGAGCAUGUUUUAUUUCGCCUACGCUGGCCACAACAUCCCCCCAAAGCGCAUAGAGUUUGGCAAGAUUCAAAAGAACCCGCCCGGUCCCAACGGUGGCGGCACCCGCAUCAGCAUCACCGGCAAAACGCCCGAGGAAAAGGCUGUCUGGCAGACUCUUGGAGAGGGCAACGAGGACUGCGUGGAGUGGGUCGUCCUCUGCGCAGCGCUUAAUCUUCUUGAUGACGAAAUCAUGAAAGCUGCAGAGAAGAACCCGCCUCCUCCCUCGGGAGGUCCUAGUGCGCCAGUAUCGCUGAGAGACCCCGGACCGGCAGGUGGGCCACCGCCUCCUGCUAGCCGCCCAGGAGGCCCUCCCAAUGGCGGCCCACCACCAGGUCAACGCCCGCCAGGUCCUCCAAACGGCGGCGGCCCAAUGCCCAUGCCCGCCGGUCGCCCUCCAGGACCUUAUCCUCCUGGCCCUCCUGGCCCAGGUAGCUUCCCUCCAAGCCGCGGCCCCCCUCCUGCGGGCUACGGUCCCCCUCCUGGUCCGCCCGGCCCACCUGGACCACCGGGAGGGUAUGGCGGUCCUCUAGGAGGCUUCCCGCCUGGCGCUGGUCCGGGUCCGGGUCCGAUGAUGGGUCCUCCGGGUGGUCGACCUGGUCCGCCACCUCAAGGGCGACCAGGACCGGGGCCUCCGGGCGGGAUGCCUCCUCCUGGUCCCGGCGGCCCUCCAGCAGGUUAUGGAGGUCGUCCCGGCCCGCCACCCUCCCAGAUGCCCAUGCCUCAAGGUCCUGGCGCGCCUCAAGGCCAAAUGCGAAGGUUUUGA